UAGGGAUCAGGAGCCGGACGACGGGGACCAGACCACCAGCACUGCAUCAGAGGAUGCUCUCUAAGUAAGACCAUGGCGCUUAAGAACAUUAACUACCUUCUCAUCUUCUACCUCAGUUUCUCAACGCUUAUCUACAUAAAAAAUUCCGUUUGCAAUAAAAACGACACCAGGUGCCUCUCAAAUUCUUGCCAAAACAAUUCUACAUGCAAGGGUUUUUCAAAAGAUAAUGAUUGUCAUUGUUCAGACACAGCCAAUAAUUUUGAUAAAGACUGUGACAAUGUGGCAAACCCUUGUUUCUCCAAUCCCUGUCAAAAGAGUGCCACUUGUGUGAACACCCCAGGAGAAAGGAGCUUUCUAUGCAAAUGUCCUCCUGGGUAUACUGGGACAACCUGUGAAACUACCAUUGAGUCCUGUGGUCUGAACUCCUGCCAACAUGGAGGCAUUUGCCUGCAGGACCCUGUUCACCCUAUCUGCAUCUGCCCUGCUGGAUUUGCCGGAAGAUUCUGCCAGAUAAAUCACGAUGACUGCGCUUCCAGUCCUUGCCACAAUGGAGCUGUGUGCCAGGAUGGAAUCGAUGGCUAUUCCUGCUUCUGUGUUCCGGGAUAUCAAGGCAAGCACUGUGACUUGGAAGUGGAUGAAUGUGUUUCAGAUCCCUGCAAGAACGGGGCUACCUGCCUCAAUGAGAUAGGAAGAUACACUUGUAUGUGUCCCCACGAUUAUUCUGGUGUAACCUGUGAAAUGGAAAUCGAUGAAUGUUGGUCCCAGCCCUGUUUAAAUGGUGCAACUUGUCAGGAUACCUUGGGGGCUUAUAUCUGUGACUGUGCCUCUGGAUUCCUAGGGGAUCACUGUGAGCUCAACAUUGAUGAAUGUGCCAGUCAGCCUUGUCUCCACGGAGGGCUGUGUGUGGACGGAGAAAACAGAUAUAGCUGUAACUGCACGGGUAGUGGAUUCACAGGGACACACUGUGAAAUCUUGAUGCCUCUUUGUUGGUCAAAACCUUGUCACAAUAAUGCUACAUGUGAGGAUAGUGUUGACAAUUACACUUGUCACUGCUGGCCUGGAUACACAGGUGUCCAGUGUGAGAUCGACAUCAAUGAAUGCAAUAGUAACCCCUGCCAGUCUAAUGGGGAAUGUGUGGAGCUGUCCUCAGAGAAACAACAUGGACGCCUUGCUGGGCUGCCUUCCUCAUUCAGCUACCAUGAAGCCUCAGGUUAUGUUUGUAUCUGUCAGCCUGGAUUCACAGGUGAGGCCAAGGAAACAGGAAAUGACUUAACUUUCUGGUAUUUUAUGGCAGAUCAUGAAUCUAACCAAAUGGUAUAUUAG